AUGGGGAACACUUCCUCCAUGCUCACUCAGUACGACAUAGAAGAAGUCCAAGAUCACUGCAAUCACAGCUUUUCGCAGCAGGAGAUAGUGUCGUUGUACCAGAGGUUCUGCCAGCUUGAUCGUAAUGGGUGUGGCUUCAUCUCGGCCGAUGAGUUCAUGUCGGUACCCGAAUUUGCCGUCAAUCCUCUCUCCCAGAGAUUGUUGAGAAUGCUGGAUGGAUUAAAUUUCAAGGAGUUUGUGGCAUUCUUAUCUGCUUUUAGCUCUCGGGCAAGCUUGCAGCAGAAAGUGGAAUUCAUUUUUAAGGUUUAUGACUCUGAUGGUAAUGGGAAGGUUACUUUCAAUGAAAUGCUGGACAUUUUGCGCGACUUGACUGGUCAAUUUAUUUCUAAACAUCAAAGAGAGGAAGUCCUUACCCAAGUUCUAGAGGAAGCAGGCUACACAAACGAUUCUUUGUUAGUUCAAGCAGACUUCAUGAAGAUUCUUGGCAACUCUGGUUUGAAGAUGGAAGUCGAGGUUCCAGUAGACUAG